CUCCCAUAAAGCUCUCCCACACGUAGCUGCUGUGGGAUUGGGGCCGACAGCAAGUUCCGUUUUCUUUUUUUUUAAGUGGUAUUUCUGCAGACUGGAUAAACUUGUUUCCACCCCGAUAUGCUUGUAAACGGGAUAAUAACGACUCUCUAAUUGCAGCGGAAUGAAACUUUAAUACAUGAGGGCUGAUCUGAAAGAGUCUGUACAACUUUAUCCUGCGCAGUCCAAACACAACACGGAGGAGGAUCGGAAUUUACCGGUGACAAGUCUGAGAGUGAAAAGAGGAAAAAGAAGAGGAUCCACUCGCAGGAGAUUGCUUAUUUUAAGUCACAAGGAAAAGAAAUCUAGAUUUAACGCGUUUGGUGGUGGAUGAGAAGAUCUCCGGUGAAGAGACAGACCAAACUUUCCCCGCUCCUGCUUUGACUUCUGCUUGAAGAACAACUUCGACCAUGGCGAAAAAGUAUGAUUUCCUUUUCAAACUGUUACUCAUCGGGGACAGCGGAGUGGGAAAAACGUGUCUGAUCAUUCGUUUUGCUGAGGACAAUUUCAACUCUACGUACAUUUCCACCAUCGGAAUCGACUUUAAAGUAAAAACCAUUGAAGUGGAUGGAAAGAAAGUGAAACUGCAAGUCUGGGACACAGCAGGGCAGGAGAGAUUCAAGACCAUUACAACAGCCUACUACAGAGGAGCCAUGGGCAUCAUCCUGGUGUACGACAUCACUGACGAGAAGUCCUUUGAAAACAUUCAGAACUGGAUGAAGAGCAUCAGAGAAAAUGCAUCAGCUGGGGUCAGUCGGAUGUUACUAGGUAAUAAGUGUGACAUUGAGACAAAGCGGAAAGUUUCCAAGGAGACAGGAGAAAAGCUGGCCAAAGAUCACGGCAUCAGGUUCUUUGAGACCAGUGCGAAGUCCAGCAUUAAUGUCGAGGAGUCUUUUCUGGCUUUGGCACGAGACAUACUACAACAAUCCAGCAAGAAGCCAGGCCCCAGAGGUCAACAGGUGAAAAUCACCAGCAGCACAGAGAAAAAAUCCUCCAAGUGCGUUCUUCUCUAGACAUGAUUUCACUAGUGUAUGGAAGAAAGAACAUAGAAACUUAGGAGCGCCUGUGUUGACAAGGAAAAAUGUGGCAGGGUUUGCAAAUAUCAACGACAGAGAGGUGCUAAAGCUCUGUUAAACUACACUAUACUCCCUUUAUAAGUUCUUCCACAAGAAUUCUGCUGUCUCCAAAAUAAUAUAUGGAUAAAGCAGCCCCAGUUUUUCAGACUGAACAUAUCCUUUAUGUGACAUCUACUGCGAUAAACAUGAUUCCACAAAAAGUUGGAGUCUGACUCCGAGACCUUUAAAAAAAAAAAAAAAAAAGGUCCCCACCAUGGCACACAUUGCUGUCACUGACCGUAUAUCUUUCUCGCUUACGUUAUCGUUCCUACAACAGCACACCAGCACUUAAAAGAACUGCAGCUGUCUCUUAAUGCUACCAUUUCAUUCAUUUCUAAUGUGUGAGCAUGUGCAGGAGUAGCUUUAUGGAGCUCAGUUGGCCGUAAAACACUAAUGUGGUCUGUUUUGAUUCACUUGAUGGACACAGGGUUUUAUUUAGAGUUCAAGUGGUCAUAAGCAUCUGAGAAAUUGAGGUUUAAAUACUACUGGGGAAUUCAAAUUUAUUAAAGAGGACCUAUUAUGCAAAUUUGCAAAUUCAUAUUUUUUUGUCUUGGUCUCUGCUAAAGUAGCUUUACAUGAUUCACACCUUUUUUUAAAUGUGUGACCUUUGUGCAGACCUUCCCUUUAAGCCCACAUAAGGAAUAUGUGGGCUCUGACAUGUAUAAAACUGAGUUUUUGGCUCACAUGAAUUGCUUGCAAAAACAGUGACCUCAUUAUUAUAAGUUUUGGCAUUAGCACAGUGGCAUAUGCAUAACAAAAAGGAAAAGCAUGAUAGGUCUGCUUUAAGUUAUAAAUGAUAAAAUGACCAGAAUUGUUAGAGCGAAGGUAAAAACAUGACGUACACAUUAAUGAUGAAACAAGUUGGUCGCUGGACUUGAAUAUGAAACAAGUUCUGUGUAAAACAACGCCUUGUUUUAAUAGAUGAAUGGAUUGAGAAUGUGGAUAUAGAUAUUAGAUAUGGACAGUGAUAAGUGCAAUAUGAGAAGAUGAGUGGAGAGAUGGGAAAAAAAAAGAUGGAUUAAGCAAGUGAAUGGGCAGGAUGUAAAAGCCUAGGAAGCAGCAGCGUGUUCAUGUGUCCCUCAUAGCGAAUUGAUUUAGUGGGUCUUGCCUUUUAUCUGAAGUGCCUGGGAAAGCUCUUACUAAACGCUACCACAUAUUAGCGACAUCUGACAUGGCAGCCUCUCUGUUCAGGCAGUUUGAUGAUCGUUCAAAAUAACCGAUUGCAGGUCUUCAUCUGAUUCUGACAGAUCUUUUUUUUUCUCUACACACACGCUCUAAAUUUCUGUUUUCUUUUGUAAUUUCCUCCACAUUGUUAGUUUUCUUACACCUGCCAGAUUGUAUGCAAGACCUGACGCUUGAUGAAUAAAAUUGCAAAACUAUAAA